AUUUGCUUUUCAGGCCGGGGAGCCGCUCAGGCGGGCUCGCUGCCUCCUUAGCCCACCAAGGUCACAGAGGGAGUGACCGCUUCUGGGAGGGCCCAGGCUACCGAGCCUGGGAAGCUUCCCACUGCCCCGCCUGCGCCGCCGAUUAAGCUAAUCAAGAUGACAACCUCCCAGAAGCACCGGGACUUCGUGGCAGAGCCCAUGGGGGAAAAGCCAGUGGGGAGCCUGGCCGGGAUUGGUGAAGUCUUGGGCAAGAAGCUGGAGGAAAGGGGCUUUGACAAGGCCUAUGUGGUCCUUGGCCAGUUUCUGGUGCUAAAGAAAGAUGAAGAUCUCUUCCGGGAAUGGCUGAAGGACACAUGUGGUGCCAAUGCCAAGCAGUCCCGGGACUGCUUCGGGUGCCUUCGAGAGUGGUGCGACGCCUUCUUGUGAGGCUCUCUUGGGGAGCCCCCAGUCCCUAGCCCCAGCAUUGAGUCUCCAGAGUUUGCAGCCGCGUGGGGACUCCUCCCCUGUCCUCUACAAAGGAAGAGAUUGCUGUUGUCGUACUCACGUACUUCCAGGUCUUUUGGGGGUUC